UUUGUCCGUCAGCCGGUUGAAUACGCGAAAAGGAGAAGCCGUUGAAGCCGUCGGUUUCGUUUGAAUUUUUAGUUUCACUUCUACUUUCAAUCGAAGUGGGUGUACAAGUGCUCUUGUUGCUUUAAAGUUUACACCUUUUUGCGCCUCCCGCUGGUAAUAAUCGAUUACAGCCAGCUCCAGCAUCCAUCCAAACAAAACAAAAAAAAAGUGUUGGUCUCAGGUUCCUAGGCCUUGUGUACUGUAACAAAAAUUCAUUGUUCAGCGGAGAUAACAUUGAUCAGCAUACAACCAUCAUCAAACGGCAGGUGUGUUUAACCUUUGCCGCCGCGUACAAUAGGAAGGAACAACAGAGAUAUAAACAAGUGUAACAAUAAAAAAAACGUUCAUUUGUAUACGCAGUACAUCAUACGUGUCGAAUGUAUUUUAAUUAGCUGCACUUAUCUCAGCAAGCAAGCAAGCAAGUGCCAGCCAAACAAGGAAAAUAAGAAGAACCAAUUUGAAAUAAAUAAUUGGGAAAAAUCCGAACAAUAAAUGAAUAAUUGUUAGCAAGGGGGUUUCUCUUGCCUGGUCAGUCAGUAUCUGUGUCACUGUGUGCGUUUCGACGGUGUUGAUAGCAGAAGAAUUCAAAACAAGUAAAAAAACAGAUUGUUGAUCUUGAGGAACACGGCAGAAUAAUGUCAGCUGACGCCGAACUCUUCUCGGUCCUGAACCGUCGACAGCAAAUCAACGACGCUCUGGAGAACGGCGAGGUGGUGAAGCACACGUAUCGGGUGGUCAACAUCUACACCGAGUUUCACGAGUUCUCGCGGAAGGAGAUUAAGGAUUACCAGGCGACGUUUUCCAAAUUCGACGUCGGCAAGGAUGGCUUCCUGGAUUUGGCUGAACUGAAGUUUAUGAUGGAGAAACUCGGUGCCCCACAGACGCAUCUCGGUCUGAAAGGAAUGAUCGCCGAAGUGGACGAAGACAAAGACGGCAAAAUUUCAUUCCGAGAGUUUCUAUUGAUUUACCGGAAAGCGAGGGCCGGCGAAUUGAUUUCAGACUCCGGGCUUGGGCAGCUGGCGCGACUGACUGAAAUCAAUGUGGACGAGGUUGGAGUGAACGGAGCCAAAAACUUUUUCGAAGCCAAAAUCGAACAACAACUGAUGACGAAUAAAUUUCACGACGAAAUCAGGCAAGAAAAGGAUGAAAAGCGUCGCAUGGAGGAAGAACGGAUCAUACGUCGACAGCAAUUCCAGCAAAGAGCCGCAGUGUUUCAGUGAACGGUUCCCGCUGAGUUUCCAAAUGGCAACCCAACCAAAAUAUAACCCCCCCAUUUUCUGUCGUUCUCCGUGAGCAUGCAUGCAGGCAUCGAAGCAAGUUUCUGCAAAUGUGUAAAUGUUAGAAAGUUACUCUUGACGCUAGUUCGUUUUAUUUGUUUGUAAUUAGAAUGCAACUACAAUGUUCAAUGUUUUUAAGAUUAGGCGGAAAAAUUGUGUCAUUAUUAGUUAACCGUUCUUUGUUUUUAACAACCAACCAAACCGGAUUGACGAAGAUGAGUCGCCAAACAUAUUUACAAGCAAAGGGAAUUAAAUGUGAUAACGGAAGAGUCAAAGGAAUAGAAAGCGAAUCCUGACGGGGACUCGGUAUUUAGUAGCUAGGCAAAUGACGAGGAUCACGCACCGAAAAAAUAGAUGGCCAUAUUUUUGCUACUUUCCUUUCUACCAAGGAAAGAGCAGCAACAGUGUAUCUCAUGAUUAUUCCACUAUAUAAACUAUACUUAAGUCCAGAAAAAAUUAGCUUACUUGACAUAUAAUCGUUGAAGGGUAUAUUUUUUAUCAAUUACGAUUUUUAAGCAUCAGGAAGAGUGUCACUGAAUCAAGUCCAGAGAAUGAAGAGAAAACUAAUGUGUGUAGUUUAGAGGCUCACUCUAAACGCAAACUAGUUGAGAUUUAUUUUUUGACGACGUGGAAUGCUCGGAAUAGAAGAGUACUACUUCACCCAGUUGGUUACAAAAAAACAAUUACAAUUACGAUGUUUGAAUGAGUGUACCGUGUAGUUUUUAAGUUGUCUGUAAAAUCUUACUGUUAAAAAGUUAAAAUAAAUAUUCCGGUUGGCGGUCUA